CAUAAGGCCACUUUGGAGAAUUCAUUUAUCUCCCCAAAAAAAUGUCUGCCUUGUUUUUAUCACCUAUUCUGUGGUUACUGGUUUCACAUCGGAUUUGAAAAUUCAAAAUUGAAAAUAGUCACUACGACACUACAUACGGUUUAACAGUUUAACACUAUAACGAUGAAAACUCUUUCCGAAAAUAAUAUUAAGAUUUCGGACAAAAUGUCCAACAAAAAAGGUGCCAGAAAGUUCUUGCAAACACUGCAGCCGUCUGGCGGCGAUAAAGAAAAUUUGGUUGGGUCUGGCAGAUUUCAUGAACACAAUUCUGAUCCUAAUAUAUUGAAGACACAAUUUAAGACUGAAGUAGAAGUUAAAUCCGAGGAAAGAAAGUCUGGAGUUGCAAAAGUGAAUCCAUCUCUCUACAAGAAGUUAAUUAUUGAAGAUCUUACUAGCACUGCUGGUCCUAGUGAACAAUAUUGGAAGGUUAUUGCAGAACGUCGUAGAAAGGCUUUGGAAGAAGUACUUGAACAAAAUCGUAAUUUACAUACCGUAGUCAUGGCAUUGGAAGAAGAAAAUGCAUCUUGUAAAAAAUUACUUGAACAAACAACUGAUCUUGUUAACACGUUAAAGGAAGUACUUAACGAUUUAGACGGUACAUCAACUGAAGAUGAUGUCGAUAAUGACAUUUCAUCAAUCAACUCAAAUCAAAGCAACAAUGAUUUUUCUGGAAGUGAAUCUGAAUAAUUUUUUUCUAAAUUUAACAUAAUUUUUUUUUCAAAUUAUUCAAUUGAUUUUUUUUGUUACCAAUUCAUUUUGAAUUAAACUUAAUUUUAUCAAUAUUUUUUUAUGUAAAUAUCCAUUAUUGAAUACAUAUGAAAACAAUCAUGAUCUGUCAAUCUAUAAAUUUUAAACUGGAUUGGUUUAAAAUAUAUUGUACCCAUAUUGAAAUAAUAAACUC